CCCGUGCGUACCGUCGCAGGUGAUCUGGCAAGUGGUCCGCGACGCGCCGAUGGUGCUGUUGGGCCCUCUGCUGCUCUUCUUGCUUUGCUGUGGCCUGGGCAUCUUUGGGGUUCUCCAGUCGGCGCAACAAAGUGUGCAGGCUGAGCAAGCGGUGGCCAAAGAGCUUGUAGCGGACGCGGCGCGGCAUGUAGAGCUGCAGAUGCAACAAGCUUUUAGCCCCAGUAUCACCCUGGAGAUUCAAGUGCAACAGCAGCCGUACUUCCCAGCGCUCAUGCAAAGCUUUGAGUUCGUUGCGUCGCGGCUGCUAUCCAAGGUGCUGCCCGGAAUGAUAGCGUCCCUGCAGCUGGCACCGAACGGAGUCAUCCAGGCCAUAUAUCCGCUGGCCGGCAACGAAGCCGCAGUGGGCCACGACUUGCUAGCCGGCCCCAGCAGCCGCCGCGAGGACGCGCUACGGGUGAUUGCGUUCGGCAAUCUAACCGUCUCCGGGCCGUACAAACUGCUGCAAGGUGGUUACGGUGUCGUGCUGCGGCAGCCAGUGUUCGUAACGCCACCUGCUGGCGCCGCCGGCUGGGCACUGGCUGCAGUCAACGACAGCAGCAAUGCAAGCAGCCGGCAGCAGACCCCUACAUACGGCAAUGGAACAGGGCAGUGUGACCCAACGUUUGGAGCUAACACCACGCGGGUCGACUGCCCGGGAACACUGUGCUAUGAUCCGGCGACUGGGAAGCGCUUUUGGGGCUUCGCUCAAAGCCUGGCGCGUCUGGACGGACUUCUUCAGGGCAACGACGCGCGAAUGAAGCGGCUAAGCCAGUAUGGCCCAUGGCAUCUGACGCGGGUGUAUGACAACGGCACCGAGGCCCAGCUGGCAAGCAGUGCCGUAAACGGCAGCAGUGUCGGCAGCGGCACCUGCGAUUCCAUCGCGGACUCCCCGGACGGCACGGACUCUGGGUCGGGCGGCCCCUGCGUGUCGGUGCCGGUGGUGCUGCCCAAUGCGCUGUGGCGUCUGUACCUGGGCAAGGCCGGCGGCUGGCAGCCACGCUGGCGCGCGGGCCUGCUGGCGCUGGUGGUGGUGGGCAGCUUCGUUGUGUCGGGGUUGCUGUUUGGCUUGCUGAUCAACAGCAAUAGGCACCGGUCGCUGCUGGAAGCGAUGUUUCCAAAGAAGGUGCUGGCGCCGCUGCAGCAGGGUAAGAACUUCUCGGAGGAGUUUGACAGCGUCACCAUUUUGUUCACGGACAUUGUGGCCUACACCACCUUGUCGGGACAGAUGAAGCCGAUUGAGGUGGCGGAGAUGCUGAACGAGCUGUACACGAUAUUUGACGAGAUUUGUGAGCGCAAUGGCUGUUACAAGGUGGAGACGAUCGGUGACGCCUUCGUGGCUGUGGGCGGCUGCCCGGACGCUGAGCCCCCCGAGGUGGCGGCUGAGCGUGUGGCGCACAUGGCCCUGGACAUGGUGGCGGCCACGACUGAGUUCACCAGCGGUCGGGGGCACCGCCUGCGCAUCCGCGUGGGGCUCGCCAGCGGCCCCAUCGCCGCAGCGGUGAUCGGCGUCAAGAUGCCUAGAUACUGCCUCUUCGGCGACACGGUGAACAUGGCCAGCCGCAUGGAGUCCAACAGCGACCCGCAGCGCAUCAACCUGUCACCGGCAACUGCCGCGCUACUGCGUGGCUGUGCCUCUGCCGCUGCCUUCAACAUCAUCUCGCGCGGGCCUGUCGUCAUCAAGGGCAAAGGCGCUCUGGAGUGCUUCUGGCUGGAGCCGGCGCAGCCCAGCAGCCCUCAGAUCAUGGGCUUGAACAGCCUCGCCAGCUACGGCAGCUGGGAGCUGCUGCAGCCGCCCCCGUCCUUGCACUCCACGCUGGGCGGCGGCGCAGUGGCGGCGGCGGUGGCGGCGGCAGCGGCGGAUGGGGCGCCCGCCUGCGUCGCGCCGGGCAUGCAACGCGAGGCACGCGGGCGCCUGUCGCUGGCGGCGGCUGCCGCCGCCGGCAGUGCGGCCGGUGCGGCGCGGAACGUGCAGCUGGCGAACGGGGCUGGCGGCGGCAGCAAUGCGGCAGCGGCUGCAGCGGCCGCAGCGGCCAUGGCUGCCUACCACCCCAUGCCGAGUGUCACCAUGUACAGCUCUUCCCCGACCUCCACCUCAAUCACCUUGGCAAUGGCGUCAUCCCCCGGCGCUACAGCCAGCCGCCCGGAGUCUGAUGCUACAGCCUCAGCCGCCGCCGGCCCGAGCCGCAUUAAAUCCGUAGCGCGGGACUUGGGCACGGGCAUAGUUUCACUGAUGGUAACGCCCACCGGCGGGAUGUCACCAGCCACCGACUUCGGCUACGGCGAGCGGUUGGCAGUAGCCGCAGGCUCGCCACCAUCGGCAGACCCUCUUGCAGCGCCCCUCGCAUGGCAGCAGCAGGCGGCUGGGUCCGGUGCUAGCCUCAGCCAUCAAGCCCACGACGUUGCAGCGCCCACCUCGGCACCGGCGGCGCUGACGUUUGAUGAGCCGCAGUCACUGCCGCGGCUGGCAGGCGGCGCCGCCGCUGCUCCCUGCAUGGCGGCGCCGGGCGGUGAUGGCGCCGUGGCCGCACUAGCGGCUGGCGCUACAGCCACCGAGCCUCCCACACACAAUGCUGGUGCAAACUGAGGAGGCUGCUGGUUCCGCAUCUGCUGCCGCCCCGCCGGGCGGGGAUCAGCCGCUUUCUGCUGCGGAGGCUGCGGGCGUCACGAUCAGGGACCGCAUGCAUGAGCCCAAUCCAGCCGUAGACAUUGCGAAGGCAUGAGUGGCAGGUAGAGCGAGCAAGCGUGGCAAACCACGCACCUAAGCAGUCGUAGCUAGUGGGAGAUGCAGUUGUGCGCUAUUGCUCGGCCCUGGGCCCGUACUUUGGGCUCAUGUUGCAAGGAAUGCAAGCAUUCACAUAGGACUGCCAAAGCCACUUGUUAAACACAGCAACGCAUGCAGGGGUACAACGCAGCUUGACCCACAUGUGCGUGAAUGGAACAACAGCAACCACGUCCGCAACGAGAUGGGAGCGACACGUCAUUAUAUAUACACGAGGGGGAUACACGAAGGAGAUACACGAAAAGGGAUUCGUUGGUGAUUGAGCUGGGCACGUUCGUAAUCUGCGGUUGACAGCUGCGAGGCUGCCCAUAUCUGCAUUUGCUCGCCGUCGUUGCUAAAUCGCUAAAUAGGCAGUUUCUGCUUUUGAUGUUACUGAGUGAAGGACGAAGUGAACUGCAGCCAUGUAGCCGCGAACUGCUGCUGAGGUCGCGUUGGAACGUCAACCCACUCCUGCGUUUGAUGCACAACAGGUCUGGCAGAAAGAUUGGCUGUUAAUGCGCCAAUGCCUGUACUGACACCACUGCAAAUUAUAUUGUGCUCACGCCAUGUGUGUGGGAUGUUACUCAUUCUUGACAGCCGUUUAUGACACCGGUUGCGUUUGUGCCUGGUCUAUUCGACAUGUUGGCUGGGAGGUUGUGUACACGCAAGGGUUGUCAACAGAACGCACACGACAUGUAGCCAGCACGACUGUGUUAUGCGAAUCCACAGGGCAAGGGGAAGGCCCCACCAGUGUGCGCCUCAGUACCAAUGGUCCAAUAUGUGUCCACCGUAUUUGACAGAGCGUAUGGGUGUUAAGUGCAGAACAACGGGAGGACGCAUGCAUCGAUUUCACUGCUGGGCGCUCUGUCGCCUGCUGGUUGGCUCACUGCUGCUAGUCGCUGCUCUUGAUGAUGCUAGGUAUCAGGAGGUGCAUGUUCUCUUGCCCUUCAGUUAUUUGCCGUACAUGCAUCUAGGACCUGUGCAGCGCAGCUUGAAUUGGGCACGCAUGGUGAUUCAUUUGGCUUUCCAGCCGGCGGAGGCAGGCGCGGCUGGGCGAGCGGAGCGAGCAAGGAAGUGCAGGGCUUUACUACUGUUAAUAUUGGUACUCCGGGCCCUUGUCUUCACUACUGAAUACGCACAAGCACACGCACAUGGCUGGUAUGCAUGUGUGUUGUGUGUGCACUGCAACACGACAUCAAGGCACCUGGCACAGGCGGGCAUGUACCCUCAUUUUAAGUUGUGAUGCUGCUGCAUGAGUACCUUAUCAUGUGACUGCAUUGGCGCAAGAGACUUGAUCGCUCGAUUGAACUAUUGCGCAGCUAGUUGGCUAUGAGAGCACAAUUGAGCACAAGAGGCCUCUGUACCGUAUUUCUUGAGCUGCCUCCGGAGAUGGGUCGAUGACAGGUGGGUGAUGGAGGUUCCCUGAUUGAUGGUGAUUAAUGCUCACUGCGCAAGAAGAGUAUUGCAGACUGCCAUGAGAUAAGCGGGAGCGUGUCGAGGCAGACCCCAACUCAUUCUCUGGAGCCCCCUAAUGUUCAGGCCUGCAGGUCUGGCAGAAUUGAGUACGGACUGUAAAACCCUUGGGGCGGAGCAGAUAGACGAAUAGUAGCGUGCCCAGGUCCUCUACGUGCAUUUCUGGAUGUUGAAGUGGUGGUUACGACACGUCAAACAUUCUCCGAGGUCAAAUUUUGCUACCCCUUCAUUUGCUGUAACACCUCAGAAAUUACAAAAGGGAGCAGAUGUAAUUAUGUAGGUGUAAAAGAAACGUGGU